CAACUAUUUCUUGAAAUUUGGAUCCUACUAUAUUUUUGAGUUCACUUUCUAAUAAAAUUAUUAUCGUGGAAUAAAUGUAUCCCAUUUCAUUGCCGUAGGUUAAAUGGUUAAUGUGAUGAUAUAUCCAGUACCAAGCCAUGGUUCGGAAUUGGGUGGAGGAGUACGAGGUGGAGAUGGGGAAGGUAAAGUUCAUUAUGGACGAAAACUGAAGGCGGCUCAUACCUUAGAAUCGCCAAAACGAUACCAUCAUGAGUCCGUUCGGCGCUCGCGUCCACGAUCUCGUUCAUCUCCCGUGCGUCUACGAUGCGAAACACACAAGGACGCAGAAAAAAUUGGCGACCAAAGCCCGUUACGUAGGCGCAGUCCCUCAGACUCACCUUCGACUCGCCAGGGUAGGCGAGCUACGCGGCAAGACUUUUGGAGUCCAUUAUCACCCCCACCACCACUUGUAAUGCCACCACCCGCCAGUCUUGCAUUCACCACCACGCUGUCCUAUUUCUCGUCCGCCCCGCCGAUUCAGCCCGUGUCGCUGGUUGCAUUACCACCACUUACCAUCACUCGCCAAGAUGCCUGCCGCUCGCGCUCUAGGGAACCGUCUGCCCGCCCAACGAAAAAACGCUCGCACUCAGCUCGUCGUGCAGCUAGAUACGUGCUGCGAAAGUUGAUGAAAUCACUAGAAUUCCAUUCACCGCACGUCUCCGUGUCGCAUGUCAAACUUAAUGACGACGUCCUGAAUGCUGAAGUUGGUGAAGAAAGCACUAAAGGCCAAAACUAUGAAGUGAGCCAGAAAGUAGAAGAUGAAGCAUUGUCUGAUGUAGAUAAUUGUAAAAAACAGUCGUCAGAUAAAGAAGAAAAGCACGUCUGCGCGCGAUGCAGCAGGUGUGCAGGUGAGCUGAAUGCCACACAAUUGCGGCUGUUGCUUCGGCAUCUUCGCCAGCUCGCUCAUAUCGACCGGCUACAUAGGGCUCUACGUCGGGCAGCACGAUGAACGUAUCAUGCCGCUUCACUGUAGUUGUCGUCAAGGAUCUUAAGCGUUGCGUAAUACCGCUUGUCAAUAUUUAUUAAGCCAAGUCAGCGCUCAACAUCUUUGACGAUAAAUAUCAGGUUCUAUAAAAACUAUAUUAUUAAAAUUAUACGUCUUUUAAA